GGCUUGAAAUGGUGCAAGAAAGAAUAAUUUGUAACUAUGACAACUGAAUCCGCCAUGGAUUCUGAGUUGAAGAAUGCUCUGGACGAACAACCGAACCAGGAGAUAGCAGCCAGCAAAGAGCAUCGACUGGACAGCGGCAAACAGGAGCAGGAUGCUGAGAAAGAUAAAAAACCAGAAGCUUUUCCAAAAGUAAUUGAGGAACAGGAAACUGGGGAAACGGAUGACGACAGGACAUCAGAAAGGACGACGCCGGGCAAAACCCCCAAAUCUCCAUUGAAGGGGUCCAAAAAACCAAAGAACAUGCCCUGCAAGAUAACCUUGUUGGAUGGCACAGACUACGAGUGCGAAGUGGAGAAACGUGCCAAAGGUCAAGUCUUGUUUGAUCAGGUCUGCGACCAUCUGAAUCUUCUGGAGAAGGACUACUUUGGGCUGACAUUUUGUGACUCGGAAACCCAGAAGAAUUGGCUGGAUCCUUCAAAAGAUAUCAAGAAGCAGAUUCGAAGUGCCCCUUGGCAUUUCGCAUACACUGUAAAGUUCUACCCUCCAGACCCAACCCAGUUGUCGGAGGAUAUCACAAGGUAUUACCUGUGUCUACAGUUGAGAGAUGACAUUAUCAGUGGACGAUUGCCGUGCUCUUUCGUUACACACGCUCUCCUGGGCUCGUACACCGUGCAGGCAGAGUUGGGGGAUUACGACCCAGACGAACACAGCCCCGAUUACAUCAGUGAGAUCCGAUUUGCACCGAAUCAGACAAAAGAACUCGAAGAAAGGGUGGUGGAGCUGCAUAAAACCUACAGGGGAAUGACACCAGCGGAAUCAGAAAUCCACUUUUUGGAAAAUGCUAAGAAGCUCUCAAUGUACGGUGUGGACCUGCAUCACGCAAAGGACUCUGAAGGGAUUGACAUCAUGCUCGGCGUUUGUGCAAACGGGCUUCUAAUCUACAGGGAUCGGCUGAGAAUUAACCGAUUUGCCUGGCCCAAGAUCCUGAAGAUUUCCUACAAGAGGAGCAACUUUUACAUAAAGAUCAGACCUGGGGAGUACGAGCAGUUCGAAAGCACCAUCGGUUUCAAGCUUCCAAAUCACCGGGCGGCCAAGAGACUUUGGAAAGUCUGCAUCGAGCACCACACGUUCUUCAGACUUGUGUCCCCCGAGCCCCCGCCAAAGGGAUUCCUCGUGAUGGGCUCCAGGUUCCGCUACAGUGGCCGUACACAGGCUCAAACCAGACAAGCCAGCGCGUUAAUCGAUCGCCCGGCGCCCUAUUUUGAACGAUCCUCAAGCAAACGAUACACCAUGUCACGGAGUCUAGAUGGAGAGUUUUUCCGUCCAGCUUCGGCCGGGGAGAACCACGACGGGCUGCUGAAGGAUUCGGAGAAAGACACCAGCGAGGCAUCCCGGACCGACACUCCGGUUACACCGCAGUCGGAGAGCAAGAAAUCUUCCCAGAAGUCGGACAAAGGAGAUGAAGUAACCACUCCGACCAAAAUUAAAGAGCUGAAGAUGGAAAAUGAAGAUGAACCGAAAGUUAGGCACGAGGUAUUCCUGGAUAAACCUGAGGACGUACUGAUGAAGCACCAGGCCAAUAUAAAUGAACUUAAACGGACUUUGCAAGAAUCCACGAGUAUUAAGUUAGGCCACGGCGACAGGGAAAAGAAGCUCACCACAUCUCCAACUUCAUCCACGGCGAAAACUAAACCCAAAGAUCAAGGGGAGAACGAGAAGGCCAAAGAGACUAAAGCUGCCGCCCACGAUUGUGCCUUGGAAGACGGGGAAGUGAAGCCCCCGCAGGAGACUUCAAAAUCUCCGAGGAAAUCGCCAAUGAAGGAUGUAUUGGGAGCUGCUGCUGCUUCAGUAAAUGCCACACAGGAGCCUUCAUCUCCACGUAAAAAGUGUAGUGAAGAAUCGGGAAAAUCCCAGUUCUUUCUUGCUCAGAGCACUGAAGCAAAGCAGGACUUAGAGGAGAGGCCUAUUGCAGCCAAACAAGAAGCGUUAGAGACGGCGGAACAGACAAAGGAACAUGCUCCAGAGAGCCUGACAAAGGAGCUGCACGCACAGGGAGACCACAAGCAUACAGGCACCCCCGCAGCCUCCACAGCCCAUGCGGAAGCUGAGGAAGACCUCAAAGUACCAGGGAAAGCAGGCGACAGUAAGAUAGUGCUGGAGGAGGAGAAGGAGCAGAAGAAGAAACCAAUCCAAUCUAGCGAGGCUGAUAAAGAGGGGCUAGGCAGUGACACAGCUGAAAUCAUUGACAGUACUCUGCCUUCCACAAGUCCUGAAAGCCAAUCUCCUCAAACACAAGGGGAGAACCAACUUAAAAGCAUUGACCAUAUGUCUGAAGAUUCUCAAGAAAAACCUCAGUAUGAGCCUGCCAAGAAAUCUGAAACUAUUCCCGCGAGUGGAGUACAGACUGUGAAGACUGAAGUUUCCUCAAAGGAAACGCCUUUAGUAUCAGAGACCAAAACCACUGUGACGACCACACAGGCCAGCAGUACUCUCGGUUCAGAAGCUGAGGUCGUCUCGAGCUCUCAGACUGUUGUCUCAGAAUUUGUGUCCUCACCUUCAGCUGUUGACGGCGAGAGUAAAGCUGGAACUGCGACCGUAACUAACAAUCAGUCUGUCACUUCAGAAACCAUAUCUACGUCAACCACUACGCACAUCACCAAGUCAGUAAAAGGAGGCUUCUCGGAAACAAGAAUUGAGAAAAGAAUCAUCAUCACAGGAGACGCAGACGUUGACCAGGACCAGGCUUUGGCUCUGGCGAUCAAGGAAGUAAAGCAGGAGCACCCAGACAUGCUCGUGACAAAGGCCGUGGUUUAUAAAGAAUCAGAGCCCACUCCAGAGCAAAAGGAAAGCGAAUCCAAGGAAAACGGGUCCAAGGCAUAAGAGCUUGAAAAGCCUUGGAGACCCAGCUCCUUAAUACCCCCAUGAACAAAAAGGAGGAUCAUAUUGCUGCUUUCGUCACCACAGACUUCCCUCUGCCUCGAUGCUUUGCAAAGACGAACCAGGAAAAAGAAUAUCAAUAUUAAUGUAAAGAAAAAAAUCCCACAAUAUAUAUUAUAUAUAUAUAUAACUCCUGCAGUGCAAAAAGCAUUUCCGUUGCAAGCACCACAAAGCAAAGUAAUCGUUCACAUUUACAGGGAGAGACGCAUGUUGAGAGAGCGAGGGAGAAACAAAAUCCCAAAUAGAACCUCUAAACGUCAUUUACUAUGUACAUGAGCUUCGCUGGCGAGAGAAAUACUGUUUAUGGAGACGGAAGAAAGUCCAGCAAAUAGUGUUUGAUAACACGUGCUUACGCAAUGGAUGUCAAUUUAGUUGCAUUUUGGUUUACUCCUUUUUGACCGGCUAAAGCAGGUCCCUGGCAAUUAUUAGAAAUUAUCCUAAAGGCUUUGAAAUGGUUGGCACAUAUUGGUUCACAGUUUGGACGUGUGUUAAUUUAUAAUUGAAGUAUGCUUAUCUGGUAUUAUAAAGAUUGGAUGUGUAUCUUCCCUGAUGUUUUUACUAUCCAAAAGGUAGCCCAGUGCUGGUUGCAAUCUGCCACUUGGGCUGAGAGCAGUUUGUGUUGUUUUGUAAAAUAAAUAAACCUUAAUUAUUUGAAAGUGAAUAAUUUGGGGGAAAAACAAUGUUUCACAGGUGUCUUAAUCGAGGAAGUAGUUAGGUAGAUGUUUGUCAGGGCACCGCUCGGUGUUCCAGGUGAUGUAUCUUCAGAAAGCGAUCAAAAUAAUGGGGUUCAGUAAAAAAAAAACUUAGCAAUGGUUCACAAUUUUUGAUGUAAAUGCCUUUUUCCUCACUGUUCCAAUGCACAGCGUCACAAAAGUAUUGUUACCUUUAUAACUUCUCCUGACUUUUUUUCUCAAAGAAAAGUGUUGCAAUGCUCAAAAUAAAAUCCUCAACCACAGGCUACUCGAGCAGGUUAUUCCAUUUAGUGAGCAUGACAUGGGGGGGGGGGGAAGCACACCCCAAUAUCAAAACUUGAGCAAGUUUAAUCACCAUCUAUGUACUCACUUGUGAAGUCAAACACCAUGCACAUGCUUCCAUUGAAAUACCAAGGCAGGAGGUUAUUUGCAACACUUGGCAUUAUCAAAUGGGGUGUACCUGUCUUGUUUACCAUUGCUAAAUACUGUAUAUUUUUGAUAGGAUCGAUUUUGGGACUUAACCCAAGAAUUUCAAAUUGAACAGGGAAGUUAAAAAAGGAUUUAAGAAUCUUUACAACUGUAACAAAGGCCGACAAAAACCUUGUGUGUGUGUGUGCAUGAGUGCAUUGACGCACCUUAAUGCAGAUAUAUAAGACGUUUCAUCAUUGCAGUUUUUAUUUUCCUACAGUUCUGUGAUAUGUGUUCGUUGUAUCCUCAUCCCUUCAUAGCGAAAUAAAUGUGUCAGAAGCA